UGGCAAAGACCGACAGUCCAAGCGACCGAGCGACGCGAGAUGAAGAUUCUUUUCGUUUGCAUAGGAAACUCGUGUCGUUCGCCGAUGGCCGAAAGUGUGAUGCGGAGUGUCGCCAGCCGGCACGGGCUGACCGAUUGGCAGGUUGACAGUGCGGCGCUGCGCGAAUGGAAUGUAGGCCGCCGGCCUGAGGAGCGGGCGCUUGAGGUGCUCGCCGAGAACGGGCUGUCAUCGGAGCAUGUCGGUCGGCAGAUUGAGGCCACGGAUUUCCUGCACUUCGACUACAUCUUCGGUAUGGAUGAGGGUAAUGUGGCGGAUUUGUUGACGCUGGCGCCGGCCGGAUGCCGGGCGCAGGUGGAACUGUUGGGUAACUAUCGGGGCAAGGAGCUGGACAAGAUCAUCAUCGAUCCAUACUUUGAGCACGGUAUCCACGGAUUUCGAAGAUGUUUCGAUCAGAUUGUGAUUUGCUGUGAGAAUUUUGCGAAACUUCACAAGGAUACAGUCAUCUGAUCGCUUUGAAUAACCUGGAUUGCAGCUAGUACACUGGACGACAUUCCUGUAAACCUCAACUAAUUGUUAGUUUAGUUAACACAAUAAA